AUGAAACGCUCGAAGAAUUUCGGGGAACGUGAAACCAAAUUGCUGAUCGAGCUGUGGAGACGCUGCCACGUUCAGACGAACGAACGCCAGGCCCCGGUAAUGAGGCUGAUCGCUAACCACCUGCAAAGAUACGGAUUUUUUCGCACUCCGGAAGAACUUAAAACGAAAAUUCGAAAUUUGAAGUUUCGUUAUCGAAGAAUUAAAAAGAAUUUGUCAGGACACGAAAUCGGCACGGCUGACCUAGAUUGGCCCUAUUACAAGGAGAUGGAUGAUAUUUUCAGUGAGAAGAACGGUUCGAGGCAAAGUUUGGCUUGUGAAGAUAAUUUAUUGAUUGAGAAUAUGAUUGGAAAAAUCGAGGAUAUCGAUGCUACCACUGAUGAUGGAGAUGAUUGUAGUUCGAUUAGUGAUUGUAUGAAAAUCGAAUGCGAGGAACCCGAGCUCAUGCCCAUGCCGUCAACCAUCGUCCCCAUGGACGAAGACAAAAUUAUAGUCCCCUCGAUUGAAAUAGCUCCCAAAAUCGCCAAUGAACCAGUGGUAUCAACUACAUCAACUCAACCUUUGUCGAUGCCCAGGAUACAAAUAGCAAAAAAUUUGUUUGCAAAUCCAACCACCAAGCUAGUGAUGACGCCUGCUCCUAAACUACAAAAAGCCACAAUGAGUAACAAGAAAAGCAACACGCCUUUCCGCAAAAUUAGUGGAGCCAAUAAUAAUGACGAGGUUCCAAAUUUGCUCAAGGAGCUAUUAAAAGUUGAAAAGGAAAAACUAGAAAUUGCCAAAAAAAAGCUGAAAAUCGAACAGAAGACACUGGAAGUGGAACGUCAAAUGUUGGGAGCUCAACGUACACUUGGCUCCCAGCUUUUGAACAUGGUUACUGGCCUUCGUGAAUAUUUAUCAAAAGUAAUUUGUAGGCCAGUGUUUAAUUUUCGUUUGAUAAAAGUUGUAUUACAGAGUCAAUAA